AUGCCUCGCUUAUCUGCCUUUCCUGCGUCCUUUUAUGGCCUUUCCUUGCUUACCAGCCUGGAAUUUAACAAUUGCCCAAAAGUGACAGUCUUUCCUGAGGGGAUCGAACGGCUGGAGGCGCUUGAGGUGGUCAAGAUCGCACGGAUGAAAGGCUUGAAGCAUUUCCCUGCGUCGCUUGUUAGGCUGCCCCGACUGCAGGUGUUGGAGGUGCGGGGAUGUGGUGGGGUUGGCGCGCUGCUAGGGGAUGAGAUAGUGCUCAAACGCACUGACAGGGGUUAUGUGCCGGUCUGCAAUUUCUGGAAAUUGUCUUCCCUUGAAGAAUUGGUGCUCCUGGGACUGAAGCAGGUCCGCAGCUUGCCAGAGUGGUUCUCUAAGCUGCCUAAGCUGCAGGUGCUGCGGGUGGUUGAAUGCAAGAAUCUGACUCAGCUGGCGUCUUCUAUCCGACAAUUGCCGACUUUGCGCGUGUAUGAUAUCUGCGAGUGCCCUUUGCUCUCAGAGCGAGACAGGAGGGGGAUUUUUGCAAGGGCAGGCGAGGAGGAUGGGGUGGAGGGAGAGGGAGAGGCGGUUGAUGAGGGAGAGGAGGAAGGAGGGGAAGAGGCAGAGGGUGGGGAGGGAGGAGAUGCGAUUGUGGAAGGGCAAGAGACGGACAGGGAGGCAGCAGAGGAAGCAGAGGGUGAGCAGGGAGGAAAUGCGAUGGUGGGAGGGGAAGAGGCGGACAGGGAGGCAGCAGAGGAGGCAGAGGGUGAGCAGGGAGGAAAUGCGAUGGUGGAAGGGCAAGAGGCUGACAGGGAGACAGCAGAGGAGGCAGAGAGUGGGGAGGGAGGAAAUGUGAUGGUGGGAGGGGAAGAGGUGGACUGGUGGGAGGAGGAGGAAGAGAGUAGUGGCGGUGAGGAUUGGGACGUUUGGCAUGAGUAUGGCAUGGACAGUGAUGUUGACAGGGACGAUGGGGGAGGCUGGGUGGUGAGUGAUGACGAGGAGGAAUAG